AUGGAGUAUCCCAAAAACCAAUCAGAGGAUGAAGAGAAAGUGAGAGCGCUUUCGAUACGGUGGGAUCAUUCCAAAAUGAAGUCGGCCGCGUUUUUGGUGCUCCUUCUCAGCUUCGUUUUUCUAGUGGUUCAAGCUCAGGUCUGUUAGGAGAUGUUCCAAUCGUUUCAAGGGAAAUCAUUUCGGUUUGAAGUUUGCAAAUCCCAAAAUAAUCUCAAAUACUAAAGGUCUAGAUGAAUUGUUGACGAAUCUUGAGAUUAGAAGUUUCGAAGUUCUUUCAGAGGCUUGAGAACUGCAAGCGGUUCACGCCCGAAGGGGCGAGGAGAAGGGAUUCCCAAAUCCUGGAAACGGUUCACCAACUCGUCACCGAAGACACGACGAUCCCCUUCGCAGUCCGAUUUCUCGUGAUCCACCUCCUCGACUCCAUCAAAGGCUGUCGUCCUAUCAGAAGAUGUCCCGCGGGAUCUUCGCCUCUCAUUUCGAGAUCCAUGACACUCACUUACACCAAGUGGUUCGAGGAUAAUCACAACAAGACCAUGGAAAUGUUAAGACGCUGA